AUGGGUGGGGAGGGGACGGAGGUGGCCGAGCCCGGGGGAAGCAGCGAGGCCAGCGGCGAGGUUGGGGAGGAAGCCACGGUGCCUGCCCUCCAGUGCAAUGGAUACCUGGCCGGCAAAGAGCCGGCCAACAGCGGCAGCUGCACGCCUUUGGUAACCGAGAAGGAUGUGGAGUUUGGAAGAAGCGCCGCUUCCUUGGCUGAUCUCGAGAAGUAUCCAGAGGCAGAAGCUAUGCUGUCUGACUGUACCGUGGGGGUGAAGCUGAUCCCCCGGCUUUCCAAACGCAGGAUUGUGGUGCUGGCCGUGUUCAGCUGCUAUUCGCUAGUAAAUGCCUUCCAGUGGAUCCAGUACAGUAUAUUGACCAGUGUCUUCACUGGCUACUAUAAUGUUACUUCUUCUGAAAUUGACUGGCUCUCCAUGUCGUAUAUGGUGACCUACGUUCCUCUCAUCUUUCCUGCCACUUGGUUUCUGGACACGAGUGGCCUCCGUUUCACUGCCUUGCUGGGAUCAGGACUGAAUUGUUUGGGGGCCUGGAUUAAAUGUGCCAGCAUCCAGCCAAAUCUCUAUCUGGUCACUCUGCUGGCUCAGAUUGUGUGUUCCAUAGCCCAGGUCUUCAUUUUGGGGUUGCCCUCCCACAUUGCGUCUGUUUGGUUUGGGCCCAAGGAAGUGUCCACUGCUUGUGCUGUAGCUGUUCUGGGCAAUCAGCUAGGCACAGCAAUUGGCUUUUUACUGCCUCCAGUUUUAGUUCCAAACACACAUAAUGACCUGGAUCUUAUGGGACACAAUAUCAGCAUAAUGUUCUAUGGCACAGCAGGAGUAUCUACUUUCCUCUUUUUAUUAACAGCGCUUGUGUUUAAGGAAAAACCGAAAUAUCCUCCAAGUCAGUCUCAGGCUGUUCUCCUGGAUCCAUCUCCAAAAGAUCACUCCUAUAAACAAUCAAUACUCAAUUUGUUCAGGAACGUUCCUUUUAUGCUUUUGUUGAUAAGCUAUGGAAUUAUGACUGGAGCCUUUUAUUCAAUCUCAACUCUACUAAACCAAAUGAUAUUGGCUCACUAUAAGGGAGAAGAAAUAAAUGCAGGUAGGAUUGGCCUCACACUUGUGGUAGCUGGAAUGGUUGGCUCUAUUAUCUGCGGCUUGUGGCUGGAUCAUACCAAGACAUACAAGCAGACUACAUUAGUUGUAUACAUCCUCUCUUUUGUUGGGAUGGUCGUAUUUACAUUCACCUUGAACUGUGGAUACCUUAUAGUUAUAUUUGUGACUGCUGGAGUACUUGGUUUCUUUAUGACAGGUUAUCUGCCCCUUGGUUUUGAAUUUGCUGUGGAAAUUACAUACCCGGAGUCAGAAGGCACCUCAUCAGGGCUUUUGAAUGCUUCAGCACAGAUAUUUGGGAUCAUCUUUACAUUGAUCCAAGGGAAGCUUACAACAGAUUACAGUGCUCGUGCUGGAAAUAUUUUUCUCUUUGUGUGGAUGUUUAUAGGUAUCAUUUUAACAGCUUUAAUUAAAUCUGAUUUGCGAAGGCACAAUAUAAACUCAGGGAUUGUAACUGUGGACAUUAAAACUAUAUCCCCUGAUAGUCCUGUUGAAGAUGAACAAAAUAAAACAACAUCAAAAAACCAGUCAGAAUCAAAAAUUUAAAAUGGAAAAAAUACUAAACUCACAAUUGGCAGCUGUUAUAAUAAAAGCAACUUAAUGGAGAAUCAUAAGAACUGUAAGCCUAAAAAUUGUGUUGCAUGGCAGCAGUUAGCAGUGAUUGUACACUGGAUAAAGCACAGAUUUGUAUAUACUUAAUGAACACAUUUUAACUUCAAAAUGGUAAUUUUCAACAAAUGUUUUAAGUUUCAGUGAUAAAAUUCCCAGGAAUCUUCCAUUUCUUAUUUGGAAGUUGUGGACUUUCAUAAAAUAUAUUAUGCUGUAAGUGAUAAAUUAGAAUCUCUUAUCAAAAUCUGUGCCACUAGCUUAUCCACCCUUGGAAUUCUCAUAUAGAAUGUGUGUACUGAGCAGUUUGAUAUCAAAUAUGUGCUUUAACUUGUGUUUUUAUUUGAAAUGUUCAAAACUGCCCUUCCUAUAGGAAGGCAUUGUCUUUAGCACAAUAGACAGUAUAAGAAAUUCAUUUUUGAAUGUGUUAUACUGUAAAUCCUGGAUUUUGCCAUUUUUUGGCUUUGAAAGAAUUGUGGCUUCUGAAAUUUCUUUGUUUUGAAACACAAAUAAGAUAAUGGUAUAAAUCCCUGAUUUGCAAGAAGUAUUUUAUAUUCUAAGUUAUUGAAGACGAAGGCCUUCUGAAUUUUUGAUCACAAAACUAUAUAUUCAUGGUUCCUGCAUUUUUUUUACAUUCUGAAAAUGAAAGUACAUUUGUAUUAUGUGAGUCACAAGAAAGUAUUGCCAGGUCAUACAAAGGCAAAAUGCAUGCCAUUGUAUUCUUUGCAUCAAUUUUGUGUAUUUGUGAAAAGUAAAUGUAGAAAAUAAUUUCUGGCAAAUAAAAUAUAA